AUUCCCAUGUAACUCAACUUCAUGUGACAGACGUCAGCUUGAAUCAGAGCCGUUUUCCUCCUUUAUUCACAUUCACAUAGCCAAUUCCUUAAAAUGAAGGCAAUAAGAUCAGUAGUGCGUCCAGCGCGCCAGAUAACAUCAUCCUUCCCAAGCACAUCCCGAUUACUACUCCCUGCCCUGCAAGUCCGCCACGCCUCCUCCAAACACUCCAAACACUCCAAACACCCCAAGGGCUUCGAGCCGCCAUCUUCAGACGACCUAGCCGAGCUGCGCGAGCGGGCGCAGGAAUUCACCCGCCGCGAAAUCAGCGAGCAAGUCGCGUCCCGAACCGACAAGAGCAAUGCAUUUCCCAACGAGAUGUGGCCCAAGCUUGGCGAGGCCGGGUUCCUGGGCAUGACGGCCGACGAAGACUACGGCGGCCUGGCCAUGGGGUAUCAGGCGCACUGCGUUGUGCUCGAAGAACUCUCGCGCGCGAGCGGUUCCAUUGGCCUUAGCUACGCCGCCCACUCCCAGCUGUGCGUCAAUCAGAUCCAGCUCAACGGGUCCGAGGACCAGAAGCAGAAGUUCCUGCCGGACUUGAUCGCGGGGACCAAGGUUGGGGCAUUGGCCAUGUCUGAGUCUGGCGCCGGGAGCGAUGUCGUGAGCAUGCGGACCACGGCCAAGGCGGUCGACGGCGGGUAUGUGCUCAAUGGGACCAAGAUGUGGAUCACAAAUGGGCCGGAUGCUGAUGUCAUUGUCGUGUAUGCCAAGACGGAGCCCGACAAGGCGUCCAAGGGGAUUACUGCUUUCCUCGUUGAGAAGCAGUUUGAGGGGUUCAGCUGUGCGCGCAAGCUCGACAAGAUGGGCAUGCGUGGUAGCAACACCGGUGAGCUUGUAUUUGAGAGCGUAUUUGUACCUAAUGAGAACGUCCUCGGCAAAAUCAACGGAGGCGUAAAGGUUCUGAUGGAAGGACUAGACCUUGAGCGGCUUGUUCUCAGUGCUGGGCCGCUGGGGAUCAUGCAGGCUGCGCUUGAUGUUGCCUUGCCCUUUGCGCACCAGAGGAAGCAAUUCGGCACGCCUAUUGCGCAUAAUCAGUUUGUACAAGGCAAACUUGCUGACAUGUACACGAAGCUACAAGCCUCGAAGGCAUACACCUACAGCACAGCUAGAGCAGUAGACGAAGAUGGUCUGAUCAAGACACAAGAUUGCGCUGGAGCUAUCCUGUAUGCGGCGGAGCGCGCGACAGAGUGCUCCUUAGACUGCAUUCAACUCCUCGGAGGAAUGGGGUAUGUGGAAGAGAUGCCUGCUUCGAGGUUACUGAGAGAUGCCAAAUUGUAUGAAAUUGGUGCAGGGACAACGGAAAUUCGUAAAAUGGUCAUCGGCAGGGCAUUUAACAAGGAGUAUGCUCAUCUCGGGGCUUAGAUAUUAAAAACAUAAAAACAAUUAUUGCAUCUUGUUGCGUAAGUGGCAAUGGCGCUUGGAAGACCCUGCUUGGCAUGCGCGUUCUCGUCUGAGGAACUAUGCCGAUGUAUGGCACGAGUUACAUCGAUGAAGAUCUAGUAAAACGCUCUUUCCUGCCAUAAGGGGCUGAGGGGGUUAUGGUUGACGUGGCGAUGGAAAUCUAGCUUUAAUCACUAGGCCCGACCCAUUUAGCCACCUGUAGACAUGAAGCUGCUUGUGUUACUUGAAUUAUGAGCUGGAUUAUACGGAUGAAGUUCACUCCUCCCAAAGUCAAUGGUCCAAGGUCCGGAAGGGAGGCAACGACUCACUAGCCGAAUGCGUUAGGAUGCGCCGUUUGAGGAUGUGUCCAUCGAUGUAGCCGGCAUACUCAGCUUUUACUUUAAUAAACCAAUAAUGAGUUUUCAGCUG